CGCCCACGAUGUGCACGCUGGAGAAGCGCGGCCGCGUCUUCGUGCUCACCCUCACGGGCGACGGCGAGCACCGGCUGGGCCACCCGCUCAUCGCCUCGAUCCGCGCCGCGCUCGCCUCCGUCGCCGCGCAAGCGGCCCAGGCCGGCCCGGGGGCGGCCCUGGUGACCGUCGCCGAGGGCCGCUUCUUCUCCAACGGUCUCGACAUCGGGUGGGCGGGCGCCUCCCGCGCCAAGCUCGGGGAGCUGGUGGCCGCGCUCCGGCCCGUGGCCGCCGACCUGCUGGCGCUCCCCAUGCCCACCGUCGCCGCCGUCACCGGCCACGCCUCCGCGGGCGGCUUCCUCCUCGCGCUCUGCCACGACUACCGCGUCAUGCGCGCCGACCGCGGCGUGCUCUACAUGAGCGAGGUCGACAUCGGCCUGCCCCUCCCGCCCUACUUCGUCGCGCUCUUCCGCGCCAAGGUCACCGCCGCGCACGCGCUCCGCGACGUCCUCCUCCGCGGCAGGAAGCUCCGCGCGCCCGAGGCCAAGGAGAUGGGCGUCGUCGACGUCGUCUGCCCCGGCGCGCCCGAGACCGCCGCCGAGGCGAUCAGGCUCGCGGAGGAGCUCGCUGCUAGGAAGUGGGACGGCGCCGUCUACGCCUCCAUCAGGGUCUCCAUGUUCCCUGACGCGUGCAGUAAGGUUGGGAUCGUCGAGGAGAGCGAUGAGGACAAGGCCAGGAGCUUCGCCUCCAAACUCUGAUCCAUCAAGAGAUGAGAUGAGAGGGUUUCUAAGGAUCCAUGCUUCUCUCUUAGUAUUCUGCAUUUGUACAUUGAUCAGCCGCUGAUGCUUUGUAUGAAGCACGAAGUAUAUACUUCUGUAGACUUUGGAAUUUUCUUGCUUUGAAAGUGUGAAAUAACAACAUGCUUGCGUGUGUGUGUGUGACUAUUUAUCUUGUUGGUGCUGCAAGGGAAACUUAUUUACAAAGUUGACAUAUGAUGUGCCUGAAUACAUUUUUCCCCUAGGAUAUUGCCUA